AUGACCGGGUUAACCCAAGCCGUAUGUUGGCAAAUCGUUAGGGCGUUCUUUAAAGAAAAGGGUUUAGUUAGGCAGCAACUAGAUUCAUUCAAUGAGUUUGUACAAAGUACCAUGCAGGAGAUUGUAGAUGAGAAUUCAACUAUUGUUUUAUUAGCACACAAUCCUAGUGGCGAUGAAUCGUUAGCUAAGAAGUACACCAUCAAGUUCAACCAAAUAUACUUGAGUAAACCCCCAACAAUGACCGAGGCAGAUGGUACAACUUCUUCUAUGUUUCCUAAUGACGCAAGGAUUAGGAGUCUAACUUAUGCCUCUUCCCUUUACAUAGACAUUACCAAGACCGAGCAAGUAGGCGAUGAAGAACCGGAAGUAAGAGUGUAUAAGCGUGUUCCAAUUGGCACUAUUCCUGUCAUGUUAAAAUCACUCUACUGUGUCUACCAUAAUGUUGAUGAAAGAGAUAUUAACCGGAUGGAAGAGUGUCCUUAUGAUCAAGGCGGGUAUUUUAUUAUUAAUGGUUCGGAAAAGGUCUUGAUUGCUCAUGAACGGAUGGCCUCUAAUUUAGUUUAUAUCUUUAAGAAAUCACCGCCUUCGCCUUAUCUUUAUACGGCUGAGAUAAGAUCAGUACCGGAACAUGGCCAUAGGAUGGCUUCGCCCUUAGCAAUUCGGCUAGUUUCAAGGACUUUAGAUAGUACUGGGGGUUCAGGCCAUUUAUUAAGGGCUCUUCUGCCGCAUGCUAAACAAGAUAUUCCGGUGGUUGUUAUAUUUAGAGCUUUAGGGUUUAUUUCUGAUAAGGAGAUUAUUGAGCAUAUUUGUUAUGAUUUUCAUGAUAAGGAAAUGCUGGCUAUGCUUAGACCGAGUAUUGAAGAAGCUUUUGUUAUUCAGGACCAGGGUGUAGCCUUGGACUAUAUUGGGAAACGAGUUGCACCGGCUGGGUUUUCUAAGGAGAAGCGAAUUAAGUUUGCCAAGACUCUCUUCCAGAAAGAGUUCUUGCCACACGUAGGUACUAAGGAGUUCUGUGAGACGAAGAAGGCUUAUCUUUUUGGGUAUGCUAUUAAUAAGUUACUGAUGGUGGCUAUGGGCCGUCGUGAGCAGGAAGAUCGUGAUCAUUACGGCCGGAAACGCUUAGACUUAGCCGGGCCUUUGAUUGCUGGUCUUUUCCGGACUCUGUUCAAGAAGAUGUGCAACGAACUGGCCAAGCACAUGCAGCGAUGCAUUGAUGGCAAUCGCGACUUAAACCUGGUUAUUGGCCUAAGAACUUCCACUCUAACUCAGGGCUUGCGGUACUCUUUAGCUACAGGAAAUUGGGGUGAGCAGUCUAAAAGUAUGCAGGCCCGAGCUGGAGUAGCCCAAGUACUUAGUCGGUACAACUAUAUCUCUACUCUUUCUCAUUUGCGUCGGGUUAAUACACCAAUUGGUCGGGAUGGUAAGUUAGCUAAGCCGCGCCAGUUGCAUUCAAGUCAUUGGGGGAUGGUUUGUCCAGCCGAGACACCGGAAGGCCAGGCUUGUGGUCUGGUUAAGAACUUAGCCUUAAUGUCGCACAUUUCCGUAGGAGUUAGUUCUGGAGCGGUAGUUGAGUUACUGGAAGAGUGUGGUCUGGAAGGUCUUGAGGAAGUCAGUCCUUCGGCUAUUGCCGGGGCCACCAAAGUCUUUGUUAAUGGUUCCUGGGUAGGCGUUCAUCGGGCCCCGGCUGUUCUGAUCAAGACUUUGAAAACCUUGCGGAGAACGGGAGAGAUAUCAAAAGAGAUAGGAAUUGUUAGAGAUUUACAAGAGCGCGAAAUUAGAAUCAACACAGAUGGAGGCCGAGCCGCUCGCCCGCUCUUUAUUGUUGAAAAUGGCGGACUAGUGAUUGAGCGGUUCUUAGAUAAGUAUGGCAGCACUGAUUAUACGUGGUCCCAACUGAUUCAGGAAGGGUGCGUGGAGUAUUUAGACGUUGAGGAAGAAGAAACAGCAAUGAUUGCCGUUCGUCCAGAGGAUAUUCAUAAGGAAGCCGGUGAAAUAACCUAUACGCAUUGUGAGAUCCAUCCGGCCAUGAUGCUAGGUGUUUGUGCUUCAGUUGUUCCUUUCCCGGACCAUAACCAGUCACCAAGAAAUACUUACCAAAGCGCUAUGGGAAAACAAGCUAUGGGGGUGUAUGCCACCAACUUCUUAAUGCGGAUGGAUUCACUUAGUAAUGUUCUUUGCUACCCACAGAAGCCCUUAGUAGCGACUAAAAGUAUGGACUUCUUACGCUUCCGGGAAUUACCUUCGGGACAGAAUGCCAUGGUGGCUAUUGCUUGUUACACGGGGUACAACCAAGAAGACAGUGUGGUCAUGAACCGCGGGGCAGUUGAUCGUGGGCUUUUCCGGAGUUUCUUCUAUCGUACGUACAGUGAUCUGGAAACCCGGGCUAAGCCGGAGGAGCAGGAGUGUUUUAUUAAGCCUGAGCGACGAACUGUGCAACGUAUGCGUAAUGCUAAUUAUGAGAAGCUUGAUUCGGAUGGGCUGAUUUUGCCGGGGACCCGAGUAACGGGCGAGGAUGUUCUGAUUGGGAAGGUAGUUAGUACGCCGGAAGGGCUAAGAGAUGCAAGUACAGUUAUGCGAGGCACUGAAAGUGGAGUGGUAGAUCGGGUGAUUUUAACAACUAAAGAUGGAUAUAGAUAUGCUCGGAUUAGAGUGCGUUCGGCCCGUAUCCCGCAAAUGGGAGAUAAGUUUGCCUCGCGACACGGCCAGAAAGGAACAAUUGGUAUAGUUUUACCUCCAGAAGAUAUGCCCUUUACAGCAGAUGGUAUUACACCGGACAUUAUCAUUAAUCCGCAUGCUAUUCCCAGUCGAAUGACCAUUGGGCACUUAGUUGAGUGUUUGCAGGGUAAGGUUAGUGCAAUGACCGGUAUAGAAGGCAAUGCAACUCCUUUUGAAGGACAGAGCGUGGAGGCGAUUGGUGCUGAGCUGGAAAGGAACGGUUUCCAAAAGCGAGGGUUUGAAGUAAUGUACUCCGGCUUAACUGGCCGUAAACUGCGCACGCAAAUCUUUAUAGGUCCCACCUACUACCAGCGGCUUAAGCACAUGGUGGCAGAUAAGAUUCAUGCCCGGGCCCAUGGUCCCGUCCAAAUUCUGACGCGGCAGCCGGUUGAAGGACGAAGUCGGGAUGGAGGUUUGCGAUUUGGAGAAAUGGAGAGGGACUGUAUGAUUUCGCAUGGAGCUGCUUCUUUCUUAAAAGAACGGCUUUGUGAUGUCAGUGAUCGUUUUGAAGUCUUUAUUUGCAAUAGCUGUGGAAUCUUCUGUGCUGGUAAUCGCACGCGCGGUAUUUACUCUUGCCAACUGUGCGGCACGCGUACGGACAUUAGUGCAGUGCAUAUGCCCUAUGCCUUUAAACUACUGACCCAAGAAAUGAUGGCCAUGUGCAUUUCUGUGCAAAUGCGGCUGGAAACCUGGAAGAAGACAUAA